AUGGCACCCCAAGCUACUAUCAGACUGGCAUCCGGCCAUGAGAUGCCCCUUGUUGGGUUCGGUCUCUGGAAAGUCCCCAAGGAGACAACUGCCGAGACUGUAUACAACGCCAUCAAGACUGGUUACCGCCUGUUUGAUGGAGCUUACGACUACCAGAACGAGAAGGAGGCCGGCGAGGGCAUCCGUCGGGCUAUCAGCGAGGGUGUCGUCAAGCGAGAGGAUAUUUUCAUCACCACGAAGCUUUGGAACAACUGGCAUAGGAAAGAGGACGCGCUCAAGAUGGGACGGUUCCAGAACGAGACCUGGGGCCUCGGCUACAUCGACCUCUACCUCAUUCACUUCCCUUGUGCCCUGAAGUAUUGCGACCCUGCUGUUCGACAGUAUCCGGCUUGGUGGAUGGACGAUGCGAGGCAGGUUGUCGAGCUCGACCAGGUCCCUAUUCGCGAGACCUGGGAAGCUCUGGAGCAGCUGGUCGACGAGGGCAUCGCCGGCAGCAUCGGCGUGAGCAACUUCCAGGCCCAGGCUCUCUACGACGUCAUCAGCUACGCACGCCACCCUCUGUCCUCGCUCCAGAUCGAGCACCACCCUUACCUGGUCCAGCCCGGCCUGGUCGAGAUGGCCCAGAAGAACAAGAUCGCCGUCACGGCGUACUCAUCCUUCGGCCCGCAGUCUUUCCUGGAGCUGCCCGAAGAGUUCUCUAAGAAGGCGAAGAACAUCAGCCCGCUCUUUGAGACCGAGCCCAUCGUCAGCUUGGCCAAGAAGUAUGGCAAGACUCCGGCUCAGGUUCUGCUCCGCUGGGCUACACAGUCGAACAUUGCUGUUAUCCCGAAGUCAAACAAACAAAGAAACCUGCUCGGCAACCUCGAGUCUACCGACUUUGACAUGACCAAGGAGGAGCUGCAAUCCAUCAGUGACCUAGACAGAGGCCUGCGCUUCAACGACCCUGGCUUCUACCUGCCUAACAACCCCAUACACAUCUUUGCCUAG